AUGGGCGAGCACAACCUUCUCAAUAGCGGGUUUGUGGGACCUUUGGUGAACAUCCACACCGGAGACGCGUUUUACCUCCACAACUUCCGGUCAUCUUCGGCUCUUCCUUCCCUCCCUUACGCGAGACGGGACAAUGUUUGGACUCAACCGGAGCCGUGCAACGGAUACAUGCAGCCGUUUUUUGGCAACCCGGUGUCGCUGAAUCCCACGUUUAACCGAGCGUGCGAGAUUGCGCGGCAGGAAGAGAGCAAAUGCUUUUACAGUGGAAGUGGAGGUGGCGGAGGUAACAUCCGGGAGAAUUGUACCAACGUUAAACGAGAUGAAAGAGCGAGAGACGACUCCUCUGUGCCCGUAUUGAGAGAGCACGGACUGGCAGAUGCUAGCAUGAUGGGCUACGGAUACGUUUCAGAGCAAGGGAGCCAGAAUCCUCCAUCAUGUCACUCCAUGCAGUCGGAGUCUGGGUCAUCGCACCACGAAGCGGAAAAAGUGUCAUGCAACAUCGCUCAUUCCUUAGCAUCUCAUGCAUGCAGCACCACCCAAGGAGGAGGUGCUCCGUGGUACCCGGCUCACGCGCGGAACCGGAAGAAGCGCAAACCCUAUUCCAAACUGCAGCUUGCCGAGCUUGAGAGCGAGUUCAUGCUCAACGAAUUCAUCACGCGUCAGCGAAGGAAGGAGCUUUCGGACCGACUUAAUUUAUCCGACCAACAAGUGAAGAUCUGGUUUCAAAACCGACGCAUGAAGAAGAAAAGACUUAUGCUGAGAGAGCAGGCCCUGUCAUUCUUUUAG